AUGAUUUUUUGGGGUCGCUGGAGGAGAGGGACAUCUCGAUUUUUCUUCUUGUUGUAUGUCCAGAUGUAUAAUGUAUGGGAGUAUGAGGAUAUGUCCAGUUCUCCAUACUGGACAAGGGUUAUGGUGAUUUCCUUGUGGGUUGUUCCGUCCGUCUUGGGCAAAAUUGUUCCUCAGUCCAAUCCCAGAUCUCCAAGAUGUCCCGGACCUCAGAGAAAAGGGAAAGUGGGAGACAACUGA